ACAUUGGCAGCUCCCUCAGACGCCAUUUUGGAGGAAAGUUUGGAAUGUGUGGAGCUGAGGAGCAGAGGAGAAGGAGGAAUAAAGAGGAGGUUCGGGGAAGAGAGAGGAGGGAUUUGGGGGAGUUUGACACGCACGCAGGCCGCGCCGGGAACCGCACGCACAGAAAGUGAGCGCGCCAGUGCGGGAUAAAGCAGCCCGGGUGGCCCGCAGCUGGAGUUCAGGAGUUCCUGCACUUGGAAGUUUGUAUUUAUUUACCGGAAGCCCCCUCGCCCCCUACCGACCGACCCCCCUACCGACCCACCCACCGACCCACCGCCCGCUGGCUCACGCCUCGCACCGGGAAACCGGGUGUUUUGUGCCCGGCGGGUUCCAGCUGACGCUCCGUUCUUUCCCACUUGUUCGCGGUGAGCCCGCGCGGUGCACGCCGGGGCGGGGACGCGCUCUGCCGGGGAGGUGCAGCGGGGAGGAGUCGGUAACGCACCGGAGCUUUUUCCCCCUCUGGAUCCUACUCGCUUUCCGUGACAUCACUUUUAACCGGGACUCCCGCCCCCGGUGCUCCCGGCCGGUCGGUUCCUCCUGACGGGGAGUUGGUUCCUCGGAGCAGAACUUGGGGUUCUCCGGAGCGGCGACAGCGGACGUUCACCCGGGGGAGAGUUCGCCAGAGGCGCCGGUCUGAGUGGGGAGUGCAUGCGGCUGACUCGGGAACCAGGUCCGAACCGAGCCGCCCCCCCCUCGCCCCCCCCGCCAUGCCCGUCAGGAAGAAGGAUGCCCAGCGGGCCCUGCGGCUGCUGGAGGAGUACCGGACCAAGCUGCACCACGGCGAGGACCAGCAGCUCCGCGUCUCCAUCCAGAGGGUCAUCGACAUCUUCCAGAGCAACCUGUUCCAGGCCCUGAUCGAUAUCCAGGAGUUCUACGAAGUGACCUUAUUGGACAGCCAUAAGUGGGCGGAGUCAUCCAAGGCGGCAGACCCCAUGGCGCCCGUCCACCUGUGGGACUUCUCCAGCCUGCAAAGCACCACGGUGACCUCCGACACGCUGCCCAGCCUCAGCACCAGCAUCGAGGACUCCCCCCUCCUAAAUGAAAUCCUGCACACGUUGGCACAAACCAAGCGCCCCCCCGGCCAUGACGGACAAGUAAGUACUGGACGCCUGUUGGUGGUGUCGGUGUAUCGUCCACCCUCGCUGCAUGUCCCAUCCAGUCCUCGUGUGCUUUUGGACCAUCGGAGGGGGUGGAGGAGGAGGGCCGGGGUUAGAGGUCAGUUUUGGCCCCCAAAGGCCUCAAUGUGUCGCUGUAGGCCAUUCACGUGGAUACGGAGUCUGAAACCAGAGGGGGGACACGAGGAAGCAGCCAGUGGAACAUUAUCUUCAAUGUAUUAAGACAUCUGCAUAAAUAAAAGAUCAGAGCAAAUUCAGAGUUUCCUUUUAGUGUUUUUUGAGUUGAAACAAAGCAUCAGACCAUUAUUGAAUAAACAAAGAUAACUGACAGGUCAAGGGUCACCUCCUGCAGGGUAAGGCCUUUAAAACGUUAAUGGUAAAGUAAGAAUGUAAGAAUAAAAGUUGCGUUAACGGGAGGAAAGAACCCAGAGGAGCAAAGUGUAUUUGUCUCUUCUGUUUCUGCGGCAAUCAGCUGCUCGUCCCUCCUCUGGUUUAUGAACCGGCUCCCGAUGUCGAUCAGCUGGAACCACAGCGGCAUGUUGAGGGUCUGUGCUGCGUUCAGAGGCCGUGGGUCAUUGUGCUUCUUUGUUCUGGAUCAUGUUGUCGGGUGUGAACAGUACACCUCCUGUCCUCGGAUACCUGCCUAGUUUACUUUGGUCCAACUUCACACAAACAGAUUCCCCAUCAGUUCAUUGUAAAAACAGCAGGUGUUGAACCUCUAAUGAUAAAGAUAAAUAUAUCAUCUCGCUUUGUUACAUCACAUGAACCCUUUCUGCUUCAGUUCUUAGUCAAUCCCUGUCGCCCUCGUCCUAAAAAGGAUUUACGAGUGAUGUAAGUAGUAAAUUCGAGUGUACGGCCUGGGUAUCUCCAUGGCGACUAACAGUAAUAGAAUAACAUGACUGUAAAUGGAACAUAACGUAUACGAUGUUAGUGUAUUAAUGAAAAUGUAUUCAAUCAAAAAUGGGACAUGGUGCACAGUAAGCGGAUGUCCACCAGACUUGAGUCAUGUGUCCAUGAGCAUAAAUAUAAAAUUUGGGGGUCUUUUUGUGAACACAGCGCCCCUGCCGGCAAUCAGUUUCCAUUCAGGCGGCGAGCGGUACUGCAGCACAAAAUACAACAAAAUUAGACUUUCUUAACCAAUUAAUUAUUUUUUGGGAAUUGACAAACAUAAUAGUUUGUCCACUGUUGACUCCCGUUCACGGCGUCCUCAGAGGGGCUGGAGCUGUACUGAUCAUCAGGAUCUUCGUGGUGGCGGUUCAUGGUGACGUGUUUUUAUGUGCCGGCUGCGAUUGUGAGUCUCCUCAGGUUCUUUGUGUUUGCAUAUUUUCAUCGUGUGUUGAGCAGAAACAAGUGAGUAUGUGACAGAGUUGUGACGAGAGAUCUGGUGUAUUUGUACCGUUUAGAGGAUGUUUUCUUUGUAGUAAAAACAUCAUCAUCCACCUGGUCUGUGUGUACGUAGACUUCAUGACAUACUGAAGCUACUGAGACGCACGGUGGUUGGUUUACUGCAGCUGUGUGAACCCAAAAUAUUAUUAUUAUAACAGAUUAAAAUGAUGCAGAAAGAACUAUGCUAAUAAAGAAAAAAAGCUUGUGCUUCA